AUCGAUAUCGGAUAUCUCGCUCGCUCGCUGCAGGAGACGCCCUUCUCUAAACGGCAAGGCAACAACAACCUUCCACCCGCACUCCACAAAAAAACUAUAACCACCACUCGCUUUCCGCCUACUUUACCUCCUUCCUUCGAACACACACCACAACACACCCCCUCUUCCCAGAGGCACCCACCACUAUCACUAUCCGCCUUUGACCCCCAACACCAGUUUGAUUUCAACCUUCAAACCGAUAUGCAAGCGGGAAUGUCUACAGAAGCAAUGGCAGACUACGAACAGCGGAAGGCGAACGCAAUUGCGCGUGCCAACCGCCCCCACAUCACUGAUCAGCCCAUGACGAUGAAGAACUGGUGGAAGCACCUCAACCUUCUCAACACCUACCUGAUCAUCUUCGUCCCGAUGCUCGGUCUCUGGGGUGCAUACUACACCCCGCUCUCGUGGCCUACCCUGAUCUGGUCGAUCGUCUACUACUACAACACCGGUCUCGGAAUCACGGCGGGAUACCAUCGUCUCUGGGCUCACUCUUCGUACUCGGCUUCGUUGCCCCUGAAGAUCUAUUUGGCUGCCGUUGGAGGAGGUGCCGUCGAGGGUUCUAUCCGCUGGUGGUCCCGGGACCACCGUGCCCACCACAGAUACACCGACACCGAGAAGGACCCCUACUCGGUCCGCAAGGGUCUCCUGUACUCGCACAUCGGAUGGAUGGUCAUGAAGCAGAACCCCAAGAAGGUCGGACGUACCGACAUCUCGGACCUGAACACUGAUCCCGUCGUCGUCUGGCAGCACAAGCACUACCUCUGGGUCGUCGUCUUCAUGGGCCUCGUCUUCCCCACUCUCGUCGCUGGUUUCGGAUGGGGUGACUGGAUCGGUGGCUUCAUCUACGCCGGAAUCCUCCGCAUCUUCUUCGUCCAGCAGGCCACCUUCUGCGUCAACUCGCUCGCUCACUGGCUCGGUGACCAGCCUUUCGAUGACCGCAACUCGCCCCGUGACCACGUCAUCACCGCUCUCGUCACUCUCGGAGAGGGAUACCACAACUUCCACCACGAGUUCCCCAGCGACUACCGUAACGCCAUCGAGUGGUUCCAGUACGACCCCACCAAGUGGUGCAUCUGGACCUGGAAGCAGCUCGGCUUCGCCUAUGACCUGAAGCAGUUCCGUUCCAACGAGAUCGAGAAGGGUCGCAUCCAGCAGCUCCAGAAGAAGAUUGACCGCAAGCGCGCCACCCUCGACUGGGGUGUUCCCCUCGAGCAGCUCCCCGUCAUGGAAUUCGAGGACUUCAAGGAGGAGUGCCGCAACGGCCGUGCCCUCGUCCUGAUCGCCGGUGUCGUCCACGAUGUCUCCCCCUUCGUCAAGGAGCACCCCGGAGGAAAGGCCAUGAUCAACUCUGGAAUCGGCAAGGACGCGACCGCCAUCUUCAACGGAGGUGUCUACGAGCACUCGAACGCCGCCCACAACCUCCUCUCCAACUUCCGUGUCGCCGUCGUUCGCGGCGGUUGCGAGGUAGAGAUCUGGAAGCAGGCUACCAAGGAGAACAAGGAGGCAGUUUCCGCCAUCGACUCUUCGGGCCAGCGCAUCGUCCGCGCUGGUCAGCAGGUGACAAGGAUGGCUGAGCCUCUGGUUGCCGCGCCCGCUUCGUAGGCCGAUUCUCUCUCUCUCUCUCUCUCUCUCUCUUUCUCUCUCCCUCCUCUCUUUGAUACUUUUGUACAAUCAUGAUUUUUACGAACUUCAAAGGGAAGGGAAGAAGAAGCGGGAUUGGG